AUGAAGAAUCAAAAUAUUCGUUGCGAUAAAUCAAAAUCAAAUCGUGUUGAAAAUGGCAGAACGUAUUUUUUUCGUGCACGUGUUAAUGAUGAACAAGAAACUAAUGAUGUUAAUGAUGAACAAGAAACUAAUGAUGUUAAUGAUGAACAAGAAACUAAUGAUGUUAAUGAUGAACAAGAAACUAAUGAUGUUAAUGAUGAUGAAUGUUCUUCUUCUACGUCUUCGAUAACUGGAAAACUUGUGAUAGAUGAGUCAUAUCAAGAUGAACAUGAAGCACAAAUUGAAAAAACUUUUCAAGUAACCUGCCAUCGAUUGAACGAAAAUAAUGAUUACGAACAGUCGUCACCAUCAUCAAGUGCUAUAUAAUAUAUAGCACGUGUAUUAAAUGUGAAUCCAGAUGAAUUAUAUUUUUCAAAACAUAAAACAGACAUCACGAAAACAUGUCGUGCUGUGACGAAACUUAUUUAUCCGGAUCGAUCUCAACGUGCUACAACACAAAUUACAGACUUACCAAUUCACAAACGUCGAGCUAUACACGAAUAUUGUAGAUUUGUGCAUCGACAACCCGAUGCACCAACACGUUCAUUAGACAACACGAUUAGUAAUCGGAGUCCAACGGGAUCAUCAACACCGGUUAAUUGUCUAAGUGGUUCUAUAUCUAUUUCAUCAGGAUCUUUUUUAGGUUCUAUUGAUGAAUUUCGAAUUUACAAUCGACAAUUAAGUAAUCAUGAAAUUUGUGUACUUGCUAAUAUGUAA